GUAAUUUAAGUUCUCACAGGCAAGGCGUGACGUGAAGCACUGGCUGUAGCCGUAGGGAAGGUUUUGGCCGUGGGUUUUGUUGGCAUGUACCAUUUUGCUGAAAGACAGAGCACCUUGAGGACGUUACCCCUAAAAUGAGAGAGGACUGGGAUUGAAAGUGUGACUACAGAAAUGACUGCUGCCCAGACGCCCUCAAAAGCCAAGGCCUUGGCAGCCAUUUUUAUUUGCCGCCAAAGCGAAAAACAAACCCAGGGAGGGACGGAGGCCUGAGUCAGGGGUUCCGCCAGGGAAAAAGGCAGACCUUGAAACUGCCUUCUUAGGGCGUGAGGGAGAAAAGCCCGGUUUGUAAACUGUAACGGGAAACAAAGGCUGAGGGCAGGAAGGGGCAGCAGCGGCCAGCGUCUCUAGACCCUCAGACCCCUCAGACUCCGUCUGGCUUCGGGCCCCAUCUUGCUGGGCUGGCGACAGAGAGUUGGAGACAGGUCUAUCUGGGAAUAGUUCUAGAAGAAUCCAUCUUCUUUAUUCUGCUUUCCAGGAUCCUCAGGGUUGGUUAUAAAAUAUUUAAGGGCGAGAAAAGGAUCGCAGGAGCCAGGCCCUGAGAUGAGCUUGGAGUCCCUGUUUCAGCACAUCAUCUUCACCGAGCAUCAGGCGGAGGAGAGUCGCCGUUUGAUGCGAGAAGUAAGGUCGGAAAUAACCAGAUGUCGUGAAAAAAUUAAGAAAGCAACGGAGGAGCUGAAUGAAGAGAAAAUCAAGCUGGAAUCUAAGGAGGCUAUAAAGAAACAAAUGAUAGAGGAGGAAGACAAAUUUAUUAAGGAAAUUACAGACUUUAAUAAUGAGUAUGAAAUAACAAAGAAAAGAGAGCUUUUGAUGAAAGAAAAUGUCAAGAUUGAAAUAUCUGACUUAGAAAACCAAGCAAACAUUUUGAAAAGUGAAAUGAAGUCAAUGGAACAUGAUAGCAGCCAGUUAAAUGAACUUCAAAAACAAAAGAGUGAAUUGAUACAAGAAUUAUUUACUCUCCAAAGAAAACUUAAAGUUUUUGAAGAUGAAGAGAAUAAAUCCAUUUGUACUACCAAAUAUCUAGAGGCAGAAAAAAUAAAAAUCAAUGAAAAGCCUCAAAAUGAUGCAGAAUGCUUAAGACUUAAAAAAGAAUUAGAACUUUAUAAGGAAGAUGACAUGGAAAGUGUUUAUGAAGCGCUACAAACAGAAAUAGAAUUUUUGGAGUUGACAUUGGCACAGAAAGAUCUUCAGGAAAGCAAAUAACUUACAGAGAAUUGAUCAGGCAUCUGAGAUUUGAUCAGAACAUCUGAGAAUCAAAUCUUUGUGAUGGAUAUAUGAAUGGUACCCAUUACAACAGAUCCUUGUGGGAAAUAUGGGGUUUAAAAUAUUCAAAUUUUUAAUAUCUAGAAAUGGUGUGUUAGCCCUUUAAGAUAAUUUUUGUCUUGUUACUCAAACUUUAAGAGUUCUUCUGUGGUUUGAUUUUGUUUCUAAAGGAAGGAAAAGCAGAAGUAGAUACCGUGCUCCCAGGCUUCUUAUAUGCCCCUGAACCUCAAGCUGUCCUAUUCUUUCUAAUCUAUAUGAUAUGGUUUGGAUUGGUGUCCACGCCCAAAUGUCAUGUUGAAUUGUGAUCCCCACUGUUGGAGGUGGGUCCUGAUAGGUGAUUGGAUCAUGGGGGUGGGUUUCUCAUGAAUGGCUUAGCACCAUUCUUCUUGGUACUGUCCUUGAGUUCUCCUGAGAGCUAGUUGUUUACUAGUGUAUAGCACUUCUCCACUUUGCUCCUACUGCCACUGUAUGAGAUGUCUCACUCCCCCUUUGCCUUCAGUCAUGAUUGGAAACUUCCUGAUGCCUCCCUAGAAGCAGAAGUCACUAUGCUUCCUGUACAGCCUGCAGAACCAUGGAACAAUUAAACUUGUGUUCUUUAUAAAUU